AUGAGGAUAUGGAUUUUAGUUUUGUCCUGGCGGCUGGCUGAACAGUACAAUGGUGAACAGUAUGCAAUACGCAUGAUUUCUCUCUUGUAUAGGGAUUGCUGGAAAAUUCUAAAACCAUCUUGCCAAGUUAUUUUGCAGGAAAUGGACAAGGAAAAGGCAAACAUUAUUGAGAGCAAGUGGACAGUGGACAAUGAGAUGGUGGACCGGUCUGAACUGAGCGAGGAGUUGGCAAACUUCUGUCCACAAUACCCGAUAUAUCAGGUGAAAACAGUGGACGUAUCGUUGACUUCUACAAGGGUAGAGACAGAAGGAACGCAACAGCGCAGUCGUCGACAUGCGGGAUCAUAUCCAUCAAUUCAUCCCAAUAGACUAUGCGCAGGUGGAAAAGGCACCGUCACCUACUGGGACAGGUAUUGGUGUUCUUAUAGAGGAGGAUACUGGAGAAGACAAAUCAAGAUAUCUGGGCGUGUUUCCAUUACGAUCCGGGUUUGCUCUUGGUGGAGAUGUUACUUAAGGCGUAUCAUUUACUAUGUGCUUUGCUCGCAAUAUGUGUGUUAUUGAACCUGCAGUGGUUUGUCAGCCAGCCUUUAAUGAGAUAUGUUCUCAGUGUUUUGGCUUUGCUCUUAUUUUAUUUCAGUAGACACCGUAAGGCUUAGUGCAAGUUAAAAAUUAAGUAUAAGGACAAUAAAGUUUCAACAUUUCCCAUGCUUGAUAUUGUUUUUUCAAUAAGCAUUGUAGUCGAAGUAUACACAGUGUAGCUGAUAGUCUCACGAAGCCAAAGCUGAGAGACAAAAGUGUUUUACAACUGUAGACAUUUUUCAGAGGUCGGUUUUUGCUCCGACACCUGUGUUUUUUGUUUUUUUGUUUUGGUUCUUUUUGUUUUUUUACUUUUUACCAUAUUAUUGCUUAUUAUACCGUUA